AUGGCUCUUGUGGACUACCUUGGAGAAUUCAACAAUCGAUCUGACAUAGUCCGGUUUCUGGGAACGUAUCGUCCAGAUGCCGUCGCGGCAGCAAAAACUUUCCAGGACAUUAGUGUCGCGGGCGACGCUGAAACAAUGUUGGGUAUUGCAUACCCCAUUCCUCUCACCACGUAUAGCGUUGCAGGCCCAGACCCGCCGUUUCUACCAGACUCCUACACUCCAGCUAAUACAAACGAGCCUUUCCUUACGUGGCUGAACUGGAUCCUUGAUAAGCCGGAUGCAGAGCUACCGAGUGUAGUGUCGACGUCAUAUGGCGACAUCGAACAAACAGUGCCCGCUUCCUAUGCCCAGCGGAUUUGUAGGGCUUUUUCCCAACUUGGUGCACGUGGUGUCUCCGUCAUUGUAGGUGCUGGGGACCAUGGAAUAGGUCAUCCGGGAGAUCGUGUUUCUAACGACGGCCUUGAGAAUCCUCAAUUUCAUAAACAAGCUGCCCAUAGUUACCUCUCCCACAUUGGAAACUUACAUUCGGGCAUGUUUGAGCCGCGUCGUCGUGCGUACCCCGACGUUGCCGUGCAAGGAUAUCGGUUUGUGACUGUUUGGAACGGAGAGACAAGGUUAGUAGAUGGCACUUCAGCCUCCACACAGACAUUUGCAACAAUAGUGGCCUUAGCCAACGAUGCCUUGAUUGCCAACGACAAACUAAAAGCGGUCUUCUUGAACCCCUGGUUGUAUGCUGGGGGGUAUAAGGCCUUUCGCGAUGUCUCAGUUGGGUCAAAUACGGGAUGCAAUACCACCGCUUUUCCAGCGACAGCAGGCUGGGAUGCAGCAAGUGGUUGGGCACGCCGUGGUUUCCUGAGCUCAAGGCUCUGGCCAUAG